AUGGCAUCAACGUUGCCGGUGCUGUCGAAGAAACCCAAGGGACAGCAGAUCCAAAGCAUCUAUACCAGCCGAUUGGGACAAUUCACUGAUUCUGGUCAAUACUAUCACCAGGGUCUUCGAGCCAAGUUCCAUGAAGCCACCGCAGACGACAAGGACCAUGUGAAGCUCUCGGUUUACUCCCCGCCAGAUCUGGCUCGACCUACCUUCAGAGAUGCCGUCUCGCACGACUUCCGCCCCACACAGAUCGGAGAGUCUUUUGGCCCAAGCUGGUCUACGCAUUGGUUCAAGGUCAAGCUUACUGUGCCUCCAAACAUGCUAAAGGCAGAACAUCUGGAGUUUCACUGGGAUGCAAACAAUGAAGGUCUGGUCUGGAGCGAGGAUGGCAUACCUUUGCAAGGGCUGACUGGCGGCGGCGAGAGGAUCGAAUGGGUGCUGCCUAACAGCUUCCGCGAUGGCAAAGAACAUACUUUUUACAUUGAAAUGGCUUGCAACCAGAUGUUCGGAAAUGCUCCUGGUGGGGACACUAUACAGCCACCACUUCCCAACAAAUACUAUACGUUGAAUACCGCGAGGAUCACGGCGGUCAAUCUUGAUGCUCGUGCUCUGUACAUCGACUUCUGGAUCAUUGGCGACGCUGCACGUGAGUUCCCGGGUGAUUCCUGGGAGAAGCAUCAAGCACUACAAGUCUGCAAUGCGAUCAUGGAUAAUUUUAUCGCUGGCAACGGUACUCGAGAGACGAUCCGGGAAUGCCGAAAGAUUGCACAACAGUAUAUUGGAGAGAAUGUCGAUUCCGAAAAAGUCUACGAGUCCGACAAGGAGGCCAUUGUCUCCGGAAUCGGUCAUUGCCACAUCGACACCUGCUGGCUGUGGCCCUUCGCCGAGACGAAAAGGAAAGUCGUACGAUCAUGGAUGAGCCAGUGCGAUUUGAUGGACCGGUACCCCGAGCACCGUUUCACCGUCUCACAAGCACAACAGUACAAGUGGCUCGAGCAAAACUACCCUGCUGCCUUUGACCGCGUCAAGGGCAAGGUAAAGAAAGGAACCUUCCUACCCAUUGGUGGCAGUUGGGUCGAGCAUGAUACCAAUCUGCCAAGCGGUGAGUCCUUGGUCAGACAGUUCUUAUACGGUCAGCGAUACUUUGAAAGCCAUUUCGGGGAACGAUGUACAACCUUCUGGCUUCCUGAUACUUUUGGCUACUCAAGCCAGCUUCCCCAAUUAUGCCGACUGGCUGGAAUGAGCAGAUUCUUCACACAGAAGCUGAGCUGGAACAAUAUCAACAACUUCCCACAUACAACCUUCAGAUGGGUAGCACUAGAUGGCAGCCAAGUGCUGUGUCAUAUGGCGCCCAGCGAGACUUAUACCGCUGCGGCACACUUUGGUGAUGUCAAGCGAAGCGUAACACAGCACAAGUCCAUGGAUCAAGACAACACAUCCCUUCUCGUCUUCGGAAAGGGAGACGGCGGCGGAGGUCCAACACGAGAGAUGCUGGACAAGCUCAGGCGCUGUCGUGGGAUGAGUGAUAAAAUUGGGCUACUUCCAAGAGUGCAUAUGGGCAACACGGUUGAUCAAUUCUUCGAAAAGCUCGAACAAAAAGCUUCCAAUGGUACAGAGUUCGUGACAUGGUACGGAGAGCUCUAUUUUGAACUCCACCGCGGCACAUACACAACGCAAGCCAACAACAAGCUAGGCAACCGCAAGUCGGAAAUCAUGCUGCGAGAUCUCGAAUAUCUUGCAACGCUCGCCACAGUCAAGAGCAAAUCGUACAAGUAUCCCAAGAAGGAUAUUGAUGACAUGUGGGAGAACGUGUUGCUGUGUCAGUUCCAUGACUGCUUGCCUGGGAGUUCGAUAGAGAUGUGCUACGACGAUAGUGACAAGAUCUACGCGGACGUCUUCAAGACCGGAUCAAAUGCAAAAACAGAUGCUUUGGCUGCACUUGGCAUAACAGAAAAGAUCGACAGUGAUUCCAAACUUGUCGCACUGAAUACAAUGCCUUGGUCUCGGUCCGAAUUAGUUGAGCUUCCUUCCAACAAAGUAAUGGCAACACAGAGCAAAUACGCUGUAGCUACUGGAGGUCCAGGAGCUAUUGAGAUUCAGCAUGCUUCGGUCCUAGGUUCUUCCAACGUGUCAGUGAAAGAGGUAAAGGCAGGUGUGUUCCAGAUGACGAACAUGCAUUUCAAAGUCGAAGUUGAAGCUGGCUGUGUCACUUCUCUUGUUGACUUGAAGGCAGACCGAGAGGUCAUUGCCAAAGGUGAAAAGGCGAAUCAAUUUGUCAUCUUCGACGACAAGCCCUUAUAUUGGCAGGCAUGGGAUGUUGAAGUAUAUCAUCUGGAUUCAAGAAAGGUGUUGAGAUCCGGAAAGAGCAGGAUCCUUGAGAACGGCCCACACAAAGUCAGCGUGGUGACCGAGACGCAGAUCAGCCAGGAAAGCUGGGUCAAAUCUACCAUCAGCCUAUCUGCAAGCACGGGCGACGAGCCGGGCUACGUGGCAAUAGAUGCCGAGGUAGAGUGGAGAGAAACCAUGAAGUUCCUUAAGGUCGAGUUCCCAGUCGAUAUUGUUAAUACCGAAGCGUCCUACGAGACUCAAUACGGCAUCAUGCGCAGACCAACCCACUACAACACAAGCUGGGACAUGGCCAAAUUCGAAGUCUGCUGCCACAAAUUCGCCGACCUCUCCGAAGCCGGCUACGGCGUCUCCAUCCUGAACGACUCCAAAUACGGCUUCGCCACCUGCGGCAACCUGAUGCGGCUGUCUCUUCUCCGCGCGCCGAAAGCCCCCGACGCCCAUGCCGACAUGGGCCGUCACCACAUCCGAUGGGCCAUCAUGCCGCAUGUGGGAUCCUUGAGCGCGCAGUCGGUGCGCACGGCGGCCAAUUUCAACAACCCGAUGGGCGUCUACGCCUUGAGCGGCAGCGAGAGCCCGCCGGAUAAGCACCAUGCCAUCUUCUCGUCCAUCCGCGUCAAGGGGUCUGAUUCGCUGAUCCUGGACUGCAUCAAGCGCGGCGAAGACGACGAGGAUGUCUCGCGUGGAGAACUGGCCACGCGCGAGGGGAGGAGCGUCAUUCUCCGGAUCUAUGAGUCCAUGGGCGGCAAGAGUAGGGGCACCAUCGAAACCUGCUUGCCGGUAAAGAAAAUCUGGAAGUGUAACGUUCUAGAGGAUGAUGGCGAGGUUUGCAGGACGUAUGGAGGUGGGAGUGCGGGUGGGGUGUUGAAGUGUGAUAUCGAGUUGAGGGCGUUUGAGGUGGCGACUUUUAGACUGCAGCUCUGA